GCGCAUCUGGAUGUUUUAAACAUACAAAGGAAUUGCUAGAGCAAGCAAAAGAGAAAAUGGUGCAGAGAGUUAAGAUGUGCAGAUAAGCAACUGGUGCACUGCGCAGCUAAAGGAAGGGACAGGCAGACGGGGAAAAGCUUUUUCCAAAGAGGAGAGCACAAGUUUAGGCAGAAUGAAGACUCACAGUGUCUGUGGCUUCAUUUUUAAAGUACUAUUAAUCCAAGCGUAUCUUUUUAACAAAAUUUUAGCUGCACCGUCACCAAUCAUUAAGUUUCCUGGAGACAGCACUCCCAAAACAGACAAAGAACUAGCAGUGCAAUACCUGAAUAAAUACUAUGGGUGCCCAAAAGACAAUUGCAAUUUAUUUGUCCUGAAAGAUACUUUGAAGAAAAUGCAGAAAUUUUUUGGGCUGCCUGAAACAGGUGAUUUGGAUCAAAACACUAUUGAGACAAUGAAGAAACCUCGCUGUGGUAACCCUGAUGUAGCCAAUUACAACUUCUUUCCAAGAAAGCCAAAAUGGGAGAAGAAUCAUAUAACAUACAGGAUUAUAGGUUAUACCCCAGAUUUGGAUCCUGAGACAGUAGAUGAUGCCUUUGCUCGAGCCUUUCAAGUCUGGAGUGAUGUCACGCCGCUGAGAUUUAACCGAAUCAAUGAUGGAGAAGCAGACAUUAUGAUUAAUUUUGGCCGAUGGGAACAUGGUGAUGGCUAUCCAUUUGAUGGCAAAGAUGGUCUCCUGGCUCAUGCAUUUGCACCAGGGCCAGGAAUUGGAGGAGACUCCCAUUUUGAUGAUGAUGAACUGUGGACUCUUGGAGAGGGACAAGUCGUUAGAGUCAAGUAUGGAAAUGCAGACGCUGAAUACUGCAAAUUUCCCUUCUGGUUCAAUGGCAAGGAAUACAACAGCUGCACAGAUGCAGGACGUAGUGAUGGAUUCCUCUGGUGUUCCACAACCAAAGACUUUGAUACAGAUGGCAAAUAUGGCUUUUGUCCCCACGAGUCACUUUUUACAAUGGGUGGCAAUGGUGAGGGGCAGCCAUGCAAAUUUCCCUUUAAAUUUCAAGGCCAGUCCUAUGACCAGUGCACAACUGAAGGCAGGACAGAUGGAUACCGAUGGUGUGGAACCACUGAAGACUAUGACAGAGAUAAGAAAUAUGGAUUCUGUCCAGAGACUGCCAUGUCAACAGUUGGUGGAAACUCAGAGGGAGCCCCUUGUGUAUUCCCUUUCAUCUUCCUUGGGAAUAAAUAUGAGUCCUGUACGAGCGCAGGUCGCAAUGAUGGCAAGCUGUGGUGCGCUUCUACCAGUAGCUAUGAUGAUGACCGCAAGUGGGGCUUUUGUCCAGAUCAAGGAUACAGUCUCUUCUUAGUUGCUGCUCAUGAAUUUGGCCAUGCCAUGGGGUUAGAGCACUCAGAGGAUCCAGGAGCUCUGAUGGCCCCCAUCUACACCUACACCAAGAACUUUCGACUUUCUCAGGAUGACAUUAAAGGGAUACAGGAGCUAUAUGAAGUGUCGACUGAUGUCGAACCUGGGCCAGGGCCGGGGUCUGGCCCACGUCCAACCCUUGGACCUGUCACUCCAGAGCUCUGCAAGCAUGACAUUGUAUUUGAUGGAGUUGCACAAAUUAGAGGAGAAACAUUUUUCUUCAAAGAUAGAUUCAUGUGGAGGACUGUAUACCCCCGAGGAAACCCCACAGGUCCUCUUCUUGUUUCUACAUUCUGGCCUGAUCUGCCAGAGAAAAUCGAUGCUGUCUAUGAGGCCCCUCAGGAUGAGAAGGCUGUAUUUUUUUUCAGGAAACGAGUACUGGGUUAUUCAGCCAGUAACUUGGAGGGAUAUCCAAAGAAACUCACCAACCUGGGACUAACCCCCGGAUGUGCAACGUUUGAUGCAGCUUUCAACUGGGGAAGAAACCAAGAGCAAUACAUUUUUGCUGGAGACAGAUACUGGAAGUAA